AUGCCUUCCGCCAGGGUGUGGUUAGUGACUGGAGCAUCAUCCGGCUUUGGACGAAAGAUGACAGAGCUGGCGCUCGAGAAGGGCGACAAGGUCAUCGCGACACUGCGAAGGCCCUCAGACCUCGACGAACUCCGGUCCAAGCACGCGGAAGACACGCUCUUCGUCACGAAGCUCGACGUAACGCGCCCAGAAGAAGUGCUCGAAGCGUUCGCAGCAGGCAAGGAGCGCUUCGGCAGAAUCGACGUCGUGUUCAACAACGCCGGCCGCUUCGUGGUCGGCGAGGCAGAGGCAACGCCUGAGGAUAUGGCUAGGGAGAUGAUGGAUGUGAACUUCUGGGCCGCCGCGCGGGUGAGCAGGGAGGCAGUGCGCUUCUUCCGCGAGGAGAACCCUCCUGGUGUGGGUGGGCUGCUGCUGAACGUCAGCACGGAGGGUGGCGUCGUGCCUCAGCCCUGCGUUUCAUACUAUGAUGCGUCAAAGCAUGCUCUCGAGGGGUUUACAGAAGCCUUCGCCCUCGAGCUGGACCCAGAGUGGAACAUCAAGAUCGUUCUCCUUAUUCCUGGUGUAUUCCGCACGCCUAUCAAGGCCAAGGGUAUCACAUUGCCCUUCCAUCCUGCAUACACGAAGCAAACUCUCGAGACACGCAAGGCCAUCCAAAUGCUGUAUGACCCCAGCCGUCCAAUCCGGGUCGGAGACACCGACAAGGUGGUAGAAAAGUUCUACGAGGUAUCAGAGCUGCCGAGCCCUCCAUUGCGCAUGUUCUUGGGGCAUGACGGCCGCGAGCGCGCAAAAGCGAAGUUGGAUAAGCUGCUACAGGAAUUUGAUGAGUAUGAGGCUUGGUCGAAUGGUUUAGAGGAGGACGUAUGAAGCGACGGGCUCACGAUGUACUCUCGCUGUUAGAAGCAUUGGAUUAUGGCUCGAGCGUCUGUG